AUGAUGAAGGAAACAUUGACUUCUUGCAUGGGAUGGAUUGUCUGUAAUGAAGAUGGAGAGGAAACACGAUUUAUGAAACCCUUUCGGAGAAGACAAUCCAAUUCAGCAACAACAACACUUACACAUCAACAUCAUCAUCAGCAGCAGCAACAGCAGAAUAGGCAGAAAUUGAUGGAGUAUUACAUCUUGUUGGAACAGUUUCAUCCAGAUUUUGUCUAUGAAAAUGUGUUCAAGUGGUUUUGUCAUGAUGAAGUGAUGAAUUGCCUUAGUCAUGUCUGUCGAUACUUUCGACAAAUUUGCUGUUGUUAUUUACCAAUACACAUCAAGUAUGAUAGUCAUUUGGAUGAAAACAUUCUUCAUGUGGAUGUGGCAUGUAAGAGGAAUGCAAAUCAUGCUGUGUUAAAUUUGAGUGAAGAUGUGGAGGGUAGUGAGAGUGUGGAUCAAGUUCAUGAUGAGAACUUUUCAGUGUAUGUUGUGGGGAGUGGGAAUGUUCUGGUGGAAAAAAUUAAGAGCUCUUUGCCAUUCAAGAAGGUUGUGAAAUUUUCCAUAAUUGGAAAUCCAAAGUUUUAUCAAAUUCCCACCAUUGAAAGUUUCAAACAUUUGAGAAGUUUGGCAUUCAAUGUUCAUUAUUAUAGUAAUGUUAGCGAGAUGAGCAAAAUUUUGGAACAUUUUCUUGAAAAUAUUGAAAAUCAACAACAAUUUACCAAAAUGAAACAUUUGCAAAUUGAAAAUACUUUCAAUCUGAAUGAGAAUACAUCACUCAAUUUACCAAAUAUCAUCCACAUGAUGAAAAAAAGGAAAGGAAUCCCAAUUCCAACAAUAACAUGUUUAAUUCCAAUAAGGAUGCAUGUUUUAUUGAAAUAUUUCAGAGUGGAAAAUUUGAUUGUUGGAUCAAUUUUCAGUAUCAAGUGGAAGAAGGUUCAUGAUGAUGUUUGUUUGAACUUGUUUAAAUGUCAAUUAACUUCAUAUAAUUUGCACAAGUUUGAAAAAUUAGUCAAUCAUGAAAAGUUUAAAGUGAAACAAUUGGAAAUUCAAGGAAAUGCAUCUGUUCUUCCAUUCCUAUCUAGAAUUAUAGAACAAGUUAAUCAAAAAAUGAUCAAAACUGUAAUAUUUCAUCAAUCUGUUGAUGGUGUCAGUUUAUUCAAACUACUGAACUCACAAACUACCUUACAACAAACUGAAAUAGUGAUCAAAGAUCCGAUUUGUAUCAAAUUCUCUGAAUUCGAGUCAUGUUGGUUCAAUUCUAGAAUAUUCUCAAUUAGUGUUUCAAUAGAGAAUGAAAGUGAGCUUUCUGAAUUCAUUGAAAUAUUGAAGAGACUUCCAAAAAUGGAAUUAUUAUGUGUUGUCUGCGAGAAUGAGAAAAUUUUCACAAUAGCCAAGUAUGAGUUUACCAAUUCCAACAAGCUGCAACUUUCAAAUAUUCUAUUUUACAGGAGAACGAAUAGUUUAGAAUCGGAUAAUAUAAUAGGUGCUAGCAAGUUUAAUUUUGAUCGAUUGCAGAAAAUUAACAAACGAAAGAAUGAAUCCCAAUUCCUCAAAGAUAAUUGUACCUUACUAGAUUUGAAAUUCAAAAAGUGUAAACCUUACUUUCCUUAUUUGAAAAUACUUCCAUAG